AUGAUUGGACACACUGAUCAAUUUGAAGAAGCCAAGGAUCUUCUUCUUGCUGAAAAUGGAGGGUGGUUAUCAAUUGUUGGGAUGGCAGGGGUUGGAAAGACCAAUUUUGCAAAGAAAGUAUUUGACGAUCCAGCGAUUAAGAGACAUUUCGGGCUUCGAGCAUGGGUGAGAGUGGGCAGAAAGUGUGAAUACAAUGAAAUAUUACGAAGCAUUCUAGCUCAAGUGGAUCAUACAACUUACGACCAGAUGGUCACCCAAGGAGACAAUGAUGACAACAAGAAAUUACUUGGACUUUUGGGGAAAAGAUUGAAGGAUAAGAAAUGCCUCAUCGUGAUGGAUGAUGUAUGGGAAUGGGAUACACGAGUAUUGGAUAAGUAUAUAGAUGAGAGUAAUGUCCGAGUCUUGCUUACAAGUAGGCAAAGACUUGAAGAAUUGGAGGAUCCUACUUCGAAGGGUAUAUUAUGCUUGUUGGAUGACGAAGAAAGUAAGAAAUUACUGGGUGCAAAAAUAUUCGGUGAAAAGGGUUUCCCUCUUCACCUUGAAGAACUGGGCUAG